GCCGCCCGCCUUCUUGGUUGUUGCCGUUCCCCUCUCGGAAAGCUUCGUGUCUCCCACUCUGCUGUGUUCGCUCGCUCUCUCCCUCUCUGCCUGCCUUCCUUAGUAUCAGGUUCUUGUUGGUUUGCUAGGGUUUGGUAUCGUCGAUUCCAAGGAUUUGCCUUCUCCUUGUGUUGGGUAGGUAUCCUUUAGGCGUACUGCAGCCAUGUCUCUGAGGCCCAAUGCCCGGACGGAGGUCCGCAAGAAGAGCUACAAGGUCGCCGUGGACGCUGAUGAGGCCAGGCGGAAGAGGGAGGACAACAUGGUCGAGAUCAGGAAGAACAAGAGGGAGGAGAACCUCCUGAAGAAGAGGAGGGAGGGGAUGCAGGCGCAGGCCUUCGUCCCGACGUUGCAGGCGAGCGCAAUGGAAAAGAAGUUGGAGAGUCUUCCUGCUAUGGUUGCUGGGGUGUGGUCGGAUGAUAGCAAUAUGCAGUUGGAAGCGACUACCCAGUUUAGGAAACUUCUUUCCAUAGAGCGCAGCCCUCCUAUCGAAGAAGUUAUUCAAUCUGGUGUCGUUCCUCGAUUUGUUGAGUUCCUCACGCGAUCAGAUUUCCCUCAACUUCAGUUUGAGGCUGCGUGGGCUUUGACAAACAUUGCUUCGGGCACUUCAGAGAACACCAGAGUUGUUAUUGACCACGGGGCAGUUCCCAUCUUUGUGCAAUUGCUCCAAUCGCCUAGCGAUGAUGUCAGAGAACAGGCGGUUUGGGCUUUGGGAAAUGUUGCAGGUGACUCCUCCAAGUGUCGAGAUCUGGUGCUGAGCCAUGGUGCUUUGAUACCACUAUUGUCCCAACUUAAUGAGCAUGCCAAGCUUUCCAUGUUAAGAAAUGCCACGUGGACUCUAUCUAACUUCUGUAGAGGCAAGCCUCAGCCUCCAUUUGAACAGACAAAACCUGCACUACCUGCAUUGCAAAGACUCAUCCAUUCAGCCGAUGAGGAGGUACUGACAGAUGCGUGCUGGGCGCUUUCCUAUCUUUCAGAUGGAACAAACGACAAAAUACAGGCAGUUAUUGAUGCUGGAGUCUGCCCGAGGCUUGUGGAGCUUCUUCUGCAUCCUUCACCCUCAGUGCUUAUUCCUGCUCUUCGCACUGUUGGAAACAUUGUUACUGGUGAUGAUCAACAAACUCAGUAUGUCAUCAAUCACCAAGCAUUACCGUGCCUGUUGAAUCUUUUGACACACAAUCACAAGAAAAGUAUAAAGAAGGAAGCGUGCUGGACAAUCUCAAACAUCACUGCUGGAAAUAAGGAACAAAUUCAGGCUGUUAUUGAUGCUGAUAUCAUUGGUCCACUUGUACAUUUGCUUCAAACGGCUGAGUUUGAUAUAAAAAAGGAAGCAGCUUGGGCAAUCUCCAAUGCAACUUCAGGGGGUACACACGAUCAGAUAAAGUAUCUGGUGAGUCAGGGUUGCAUCAAACCUUUGUGCGAUCUUCUGGUGUGCCCAGACCCAAGAAUUGUGACGGUUUGUCUUGAAGGAUUGGAGAACAUAUUGAAGGUUGGGGAAGCUGAAAAGAACAUGGGCAACACUGGAGGCGUGAAUCUGUACGCCCAAUUGAUCGAUGAUGCUGAGGGUCUGGACAAGAUUGAAAAUUUGCAGUCUCAUGACAACACAGAGAUCUAUGAGAAGGCUGUUAAAAUUCUUGAAGCCUACUGGGUCGAAGAGGAUGAUGAUGCACUGGUAUCUGGUGACCAGCCACAGAUUGCUUUCCGCUUUGGGGAGACUGAGCUCCCACCUCAGGGCGGAAGAUUCAAUUUCUCUUAGAGUAAGCAAUCUGCUGUUUAUGAGGUUUCUUUCUUCGCAUCUGCUUUUGUCAUGCGCUUGAUGCUGGCUGCCAAUUGAAAUGCAGCACAGUUGGCGAUUUGAGUUACCGGUGUGGACGAGUUCUGGUCAUGGUGUCACCGAGGUCUUUCAUUACCGCUAAUAAGGGCGGGUCUUGUUGUGUGGAUGGUCUGGAGGGCAUGUCAUAGCUUGAGACGUGGGCGUCCUUGGUCAACUUCUUUGCUGGCCUGCCGUUCAAUGUCGGUUCAGUUGGUCUUAGCGUCUGCACCACCUAUGGAUGGUGGUAAGAGAGUUAUUUAGUAGUAUUUUUUUUUUCUUUUCUUUUUGCUGUUUCCUUCUUUUUGUAUUUUCCUCCCUCUUUUUCUUUUUUAGCUAUCAUAGAAGGGAGUGAACACAGUUGUAUGUGUUAGCAUGUUGGGCUUCUUUUGAGUUUGGGUUAUACAUAUAUAUUUUUUCUAGUGGGAAGAGUUUUUGAAGGGGGGUUGUUCCUUGUCCCUUGGAGUGGGGUUCUUUUACAGGGUACGAGCAAUUAUGCAAAAGAUUAAAGAAGGAAAGUAUGAUUUGUAUUUCA